UUGUGGAUCAAUUAGAUCGUGGACAAAAAUAUAACCUAGUUAUCUUUAAUUAUCUUUGUGAUAGAUGAGUCAACCUUCUUCUUUCUUUAUGUUUUAUAUACCAUUUUGUAGCUCGUGAAAUUCUCUGUCGAAUGGUUUCGAAUAGUUGGGGUUUUAGUUGACUAUGAUAGGGAAAGUCUUUUACGAAAGUGGGGAUGGGUCGAUCUUUCCAUAGGGAAGGUAUAGGGGAAAAUAAGUAUUUUUGCAAUAACUCAGGAAGGGCUCGGCCAAUCCUUCUCAUCUUCUUCUCUCGACCGCGAUAUUGUUAAGACUGAACUGUGUAGAAAAUUUCAUCGCGAUCGGACUCUCCUUUCGAAAGUUAUCGUGUAUACGGCCGGACGGCCGGACACACAGACCGAUUCUAGAGUCUAGGAACUUUUUGAGUACACAAUGACCGAUUCUAGAGUGUACUCACUUUUUGAGUGCACAACAAAAAAUAUUCAACAAAUAAUUGAAUAUGUUGAUAAUGAUGAUGAAACACGAUCAACAAUAGAAAAUAAUGUUGAAAUAAAUCAAAUGAUGGAAUUUAUGGUUAAUAGAGAUAAUAUUAAUCAACAAUCAACAAAUAUACAAUAUGAGAUCAUUAUCAUAAUUAUUGUUUAUAUCAAGGUAAUGAUGAUCAUCUAUCACAAUCAAGUUCAACAACAAAUCAAGCUGGUCAACAAAAUAAUAAUAAUAAUAAUAUAAGAUCAACACCAUCACCAUAA